AUGUUCUUCAUCAGCGCAAUCGUAAAGAACAUAGCGCCCAUCUUCAUAGCAACGAGCCCGAUAACCAGCUAUGGCGACCAAAUCUACUCGAUGCACCGCGCCCGCAGCUCCGCCGGCUUCUCCCUCGACAUCCCCCUCAUAAUGCUCGUCGCCAGCAUCCUCAAAGUCUACUACUGGUUCGGCGCCCACUUCAGCACCUCGCUGCUCAUACAAGCUUUACUUAUGAUAUGCGUUCACCUCCUCCUUCUCCACGUCGCCCUCACGAAUCGGCCCCCGCCCUCGCACCUCCCGUUUCAGCACAACGACGUGUCGAACCGCCCGUAUGACUUUUGGCAGUGGAGGGCCCCGAGACCUUAUUGGGCGUUUAUCACGUAUUUUGCGGGCAGUCUGCUGGUGUUGCAUUUGCUGAUGAGUUCGACGGCCGUGUUUGGACCGUAUACGGAUUUGCUGGGUGGCAUUGCGUUGACGAUUGAGGCGACGCUGCCGUUGCCUCAGAUUCUGGCGAAUUGGCAGCGGAGGGGGUGCAAGGGGUUCCGCCCGAGUGUUAUUGUGAAUUGGGUUAUUGGUGAUACGUUUAAGAUGUGGUUCUUCUUCGCGAGUAGCAGUGGAGAGGUCCCCUGGGCGUUCAAGGCUUGUGGUAUCUUUCAGGCGUGCUGCGAUUUGGGGCUCGCGGCGCAGUAUUUGGUUUGGGGAGAUGGUCCGGCGGGUGUUGAGGGGUUGGGUCGCGAGAAGGAGCUGAGGAGUCCGGUUCCCGGGGAUGUGGAUUGGAGUGUGGAGAAGUUGGGGCAGGCGAGUGUCACGGGAGGGAUUGAGAUGAAUGAUGCUCAGGCAUGGGAGAGACCUAGGGCUGGAUAG